ACUCCCGAAACAUAUUUUGUGAAGUUGCUUCUUUUAUCGAACAAUGGAGGCAAUGGUUGGACGUGUUUUUGUAUAUGGAGGCAAGGGUGCUUUAGGUUCAGUUUGUAUUUCAAAAUUUAAGUCAAAAAAUUGGUGGGUUGGUUGUAUUGAUAUGAAGACAAAUGAGCAAGCUGAUGCAAAUAUAAUUGUAAAACCAGAGAAUAAUUUACAAGAACAGGAAGUUGAUAUUUUGCAACAAAUUUCAAAUGUGUUAAAAGGGGAUAAACUAGAUGCAAUUAUUUGCGUAGCUGGUGGUUGGGCUGGUGGAAAUGCAUCCCAUAAAGAUUUUAUUAAGAACAGUGAACUUAUGUGGAAACAAAGUGUGUGGAGUUCUACUAUUGCUGCUAGCAUUGCUGCCCACCACUUGAAAGAAGGAGGAUUUUUAUCAUUAACUGGUGCUAAAGCAGCAUUAGCAGAAACACCAGGGAUGAUUGGAUAUGGAAUGGCUAAAGCUGCUGUUCAUCAUCUUACUAAAUCUUUGGCCUCUAAAGACAGUGGUCUUCCAAAAGAUGCUCUAGUUGCAUCUAUUUUACCUAUUACUUUAGAUACACCUAUGAAUAGAAAAUGGAUGCCUAAUGCCGAUACAUCAAAGUGGACUUCACUUGAAUUUGUUGCAGACCUUUUUUGGAAAUGGUCACAAAAUCAAGAACGUCCAGUUAAUGGGAGUCUCUUGCAAUUGAUUACUAAUGAUAAUAAGACAGAAUUGAUUACAGCUUAAGAAGAAAAGUAUUACAUUUUUGGACCAAGAGCAUUUAGGUGUUUCCAUGACAAUAUAUAUAACCAUUACAAA